AUGCUUCAAGAUGGUGGCAAACCUAAUACACAGUGUUUCAACAACCUUCUUCAUGCUUGUGUCGAGGCUUGCCAAUAUGAUCGGGCAUUUCGACUAUUUCAAUCCUGGAAAGGAGGCAAUACAGCAAAAGAUGUAGUUUCUGAACUAACAAGUCAAACUUGCAAUGCUUCUAGAUCAUUUGGUUUGGCCAGUUCAUGCCAGUCACGUUUAACCAUGAAGGUCCCAUUUAGACCCACUACUUCAACGUAUAAUAUUUUGUUGAAAGCUUGUGGCUCUGAUUACUACCGUGCCAAACAUUUGAUGGAUGAGAUGAAAACUCUAGGUCUUUCUCCUAAUCACAUAAGCUGGUCAAUUUUGAUAGAUAUUUGCGGAAGCUCAGGGAAUGUAGAGGGUGCUAUGAAGAUCUUGAGAUCCAUGCGUGAGGGAGGUAUUCAACCUGAUGUGGUUACAUAUACUACAGCGAUUAAGGUCUGUGUGGAACAUAAAGAUAUGAAGCUUGCAUUUUCAUUGUUUGCAGAAAUGAAAAAGUAUCAAAUAAGACCAAAUUUGGUGACUUACAACACGCUUCUUAGAGCUCGAAGGAGAUAUGGUUCAUUGCAGGAAGUACAGAAAUGCCUUGCUGUAUAUCAAGAUAUGCGAAAAGCAGGGUACAAACCCAAUGAUUAUUAUCUCAAGCAACUAAUUGAGGAGUGGUGUGAGGGCGUCAUACAAGAUAGCAGCCACAAUGAAGGUCGAUUUACUUCUCGCAGAACUGAUUUCGGGCCUCACAGUCUACUGCUUGAGAAAGUCGCUGAACACUUACAAGAAAGCAAUGUCGAACGCUUAUCCAUUGAUCUCCAGGGUCUCACAAAGGUAGAAGCACGGAUUGUUGUUCUUGCAGUUCUGCGAAUGAUCAAAGAAAAGUACUCAACAGGAGAUUCAAUAAAAGACGAUAUGCUGCUCAUAUUAAGCGUCCAGGAAAUAGGUGCAUGUGUAGGCAAAGAUGAGAUUGGAGUCAAAGAAGCUGUCAUUAAACUCUUGCAGUAUGAUUUAGGGCUUCAAGUAAUUUCAAGAGGAUCCAGGAUUGGAAAUAACAAAAAGAGUGAUGUGGAAAAUCCUGUCUGUUCAAAUUUGAAACUGGAAGAUCUCAAAAGAAGUGGCCCGUCUCCACAAUUGGAAUCUCCUACUAGAAGACCUGUAGUUCUACAAAGGCUAAAGAUAACCAAGGAAUCAUUGCAUCAUUGGUUGCAAAGGAAGACGGCAGCAACAAUAAAAUGAGCAAGUUACACACUGAAAGUACUUUCCAUAUUUCUUACAACGACAUCCUCAAAUAUGUAGCAGCCAUUCUUUAUUCUUUUAUAUAAAGAACAGGAAAAAAAUAUAAUUGUACAUUUGACUGAGAGCAAGCAGUUCCCUGCUAACUCCGUUUUGUGCUGAAUGUACAUAAAAGUUGCAGAAUGAAUA